CCCGCCAUGACUCUCCUCAGCCUCCCAAACGAACUCCUCCUCCAAAUAUCCACCGAGCAAUCCCUACCCGAGGUGGGCGCCCUCCUGCGCGCGAACCGGCGCUUGGCAACCCUCCUCCGCCCUGCCCUUCUGGGGAACCUCAUCCGCAUAGGCUCCCACGAGUACGCCAAGCGAGCCCUCUACCACUUUGGCGAGCGCGGGGACACGCGCACGGUGGCGUGGCUGCUGGACCGGCGCGUACUGGAGAUGGCGGGGACGGACGUACUCGUGGACAUGCUGAGCGUGCGGAACGAAGCCGCCGUGCUAACGCUGCUAGAUGCGGGCUUGGAUCCGGGGAUCUGCUGCUUGUUCAACCGCACGCUGCUCAUGCUUGCGGCGGAGCAUGGGUGCGUCGGGGUGGUUGAGGGCUUGCUCGCGCGUGGGGAGGGGGUCGAUGUUAAUGCGCUGAAUGGCUGGCACACGACGGCCCUGUGCACCGCCAUCCAGUGUUCGCAGAGGGAGGUGGUGAUGAUGCUCCUCGCUGAUCCCAGGGUCGAUAUCAACACUCCCGGGCGGGGAACGCGCUUGGCGCCGCUGCAACUCGCCAUGAGUCUUUGCCUGACGGAUGUCGUGGCUGCGAUUACUCGGGAUCCCAGGGUUGAGAUCCCCCCGCCCGGGGAGGAUACCUGGCUGCACUGGGCCGUGCAGUACGGAUGCAAGGACGUGCUCAGCCUCCUCCUCGCCGACCCGCGACUCGACGUCAACGCCCGGAAUCAAGCGGGCGCCACGGCCUACAUGACCGCGGUCCUCCACGCGAAGCGCUGGUCCAUUUACCUGCUGCUGAAGGACGAUCGCGUGGAUAGGUCGCUGGGCCCCGAGCCCCCGGAUAUACCCAUGAACCUCGCCGCCUGGCACGGCUGGCCGGAGGUGAUGAGGAUACUGCUCGCCGAUGAGACGGUGGACGUCAACUUCAGAUACGGCGGCGAUGCCCCGUUGCAUGCCGCUAUCCACUCCUACCAGCCGGGGAUUGUGAGAAUGCUCGUCGACGAUCCCAGGGUCGACGUUAACCUCUGCUGCAUGGACGAGCCGCCGCUGAGUCUGGCCGCCGGAAGCAUGCCCCCUUGCCCGGAGAUUGUACUGCUGUUGCUCUCCAGGGACGACGUGGACCUCGGCAUCCUCAAUCGGGGCGUUCCCGAAGAUUGGAACCCGAACCUCCAAAAGGCGAUUCUGAGGGACGUGGUUAGGCAUGCACAAAGCAAACCCGGGGCUCUCGCGCCCCGGGCCAUUCCGGCGAGUGUUAUGGAACAGAUUCGCGCUCGUGGGGGGCGGCGUGACCCCGGGGAACCGGAUGACGAUUGGUGAUUUAUGAUUGAAUUGGAUUGGGGGGGUAGAGUACUGUACUAGUAUGAUAUGGGUAUGAUAUUAUUUAGUUGGCUAGAGGAGGGGAGGGCUUGACGGGUGAUUCCCUGGGUCAUCACUGCAUCUAAAGGUUGCUUGAUUCACCCAUAAUCAUUUUCCCCAUCCACAAUCGUCCCCCCAAAAUGCAAGGAAUAGAGGGUGGUAUUAAUAGUAGAUUUCCCAAUAGAUUAUCUAUCCCUCAAACUAGUCCCUAUUAAAGUAUCAUA